CACACCUAUCACAAUGUGGCAUCUCAUCAUGGAGUCGAGCUGCAUGUUCUCAUAAACACGAUGCUGGAGUGAUCUGUAACGGAUCAUCCAUGGCGUUUCAUGAGGGGCGAGUGCGGUUGUCUGGCGGGAGCGAGUGUCAGGGGGAGGUGGAGAUUUAUUUCAGGCAGGACUGGAGGAAAGUUCUCCUGGACUCGUGGAGUCUGUCUGAGGCGUCUGUGCUCUGCAGACAGCUGGGCUGUGGCUCUGUGCUGAACUACCGUUCAUCUCCAUCCACCACUGAACACAAACACAUGUGUGUAACGGCUUUCAGCUGCUCUGGGAGUGAAGCUCAUUUGGGGAACUGCAGCAGUGCACAAGCUGUCAACUGCACCUCUGGAGAACAUCUGUACAUCACCUGCUCAGCCCCCAGCUCCAUCAGACUGGUAGGUUCUGGAGGAGACUGUGCAGGAAGGCUGGAGGUUUUCCACAGUGGUUCAUGGGGAACAGUGUGUGAUGACUCUUGGGGUAUUGAGGAUGCAGAUGUGGUGUGCAGACAGCUGCAGUGUGGACGGGCCCUCAGUACCCACACACCAGCCUGGUUUGGUCCUGGAACUGGGUCCAUAUGGCUGAAUGAGGUGGAGUGUGAGGGGAAUGAGACGUCCCUGUGGAACUGCAGAUUUCAGCUGUGUGAAGAGGGUGAAUGUGGACACCAGGAGGACGUAGGAGUCGUGUGCUCAGAGUUUAAAGAGAUCCGACUCACGGGGGGCUGUGAGGGGAAUCUGGAAGUGUUCUACAAUGGAACCUGGGGUAAUGUGUGUUACAAUCAGAUGGAUGAUGAAACAGCAGAUAUGGUGUGUCGAGAGCUGAACUGUGGAAAACGCGAGCGUUUGACCUCAUCCAGAGCGAGAGUAGAAUCUGCUCCUAACUGGCUGGACCAUGUGAAAUGUAGGAAACACGACUCUAAUCUGUUCAAAUGUCCAUCUUCACCCUGGGGACAGAACAGAUGUGAUAAUCGUGAUGAGGUGGUUCAUAUCACCUGCAAAAGUGAUGAAACGUCUCUACAUCCUCGAGGGACUCAUGGCUCAAAACACUGGUCUCUCAGGCUGAGUGGAGGAAAGGGAAGCUGCUCUGGGAGGUUGGAGGUGUAUCAUAACGCUACAUGGGGCUCCGUUUGUGAUGAUCAGUGGAACAUCAGUAACGCUCAGGUGGUGUGCAGACAGCUGGGCUGUGGGUCGGUGCUGAGUGCUGAUAGGUUUGUUCCUGGUGAAGGGACUGUCUGGCUGAACAGAGUGAAGUGUCGAGGGGAUGAGAUUCACCUGUGGGACUGUCAUCAUUCCCUGAAGAAACACACUGACUGCUCUCAUGCUGGAGUCACCUGUGCAGACGUAUCUGCAUCCACCACUUCUACAACCAAAUCAACAACAAUCUCCACCACAACAGCCAGAAGAACAGGAACAUCAACUGUAGCUCCAUCCACCCUCCACUGGUUCUCUUUGUUGGUCUCUAAGAGGAGGCGUAAGACUCAGCCUGAGGCAGUCUAUGAGGAGAUCAACCACAGAUACAUCACUAGAAGAAUCACGAGCUCCACUCAAAGAGGAAGUCUCCUCUCUGAAGAACAGUAUUCUGGGUAUGAGCAUGUGGAUGAUGAGCUUCUCUCAGUAAAGUCUGGGAUUGGAGAAAAGGCUGAGGAUUAUGAUGAUGUCAUCGACACCAGUGACUUCAUAAGUGCUACAGGAAGAGUGGAGGCACCAGAGGACUACGAUGAUGCCGUCACUGCUGGACCGAUCCCUGAUAACGUGGAUGAGGAUGAAGCUGAGAAUUAUGAUGACGCCAUUACAGCUGAUCAGAAGUCAGUUCUACUGACAGAGGACGUGUGUGAGAACUAUGAUGAUGCAGUUACUGCUGAAACAAACCCAAACAUCAUCACAGCCCGCCCUACACAACACAUGGACAUUGGAGCAACCGGUGUCCCUGUGUACAACCGCAAAACAUUGAAAGAACUCAGAAACAACCCAAACAACACCAUUAAUGAUGACCUGCGGCAGAAGCUACGCGACCUCUGCGUGCUCCGAGAACUAGGCCUCCAGACCUCGGCAUCGCCUGCGGAGGACGGACGGAGGAGGGGGAAUCGGAAGCGUUGCGCAAGGAAGCAGAAACGCGGAAAGCGAGUUGUGUUGUUUACACAAACAUCCGGGGCGCAUACCGGGCGAAGCCCCGACCCCAUCUCGGUUUGCCCAUGGCAUGGCCAGCGCUAUAUUUUACCCUUAACCGGGGUAUGUGCCUAA